UGUGACAAACGGGACGAAAAUGGAAGAUAUAUUUCAAUGGUGCCGUGAGGGCAACGCUAUGCAAGUCCGCGUCUGGUUAGACGACACUGAACAUGACAUGAAUCAAGGAGAUGACCAUGGAUUCAGCCCACUUCACUGGUGUUGUAAAGAAGGACACUUGAAAUUGGCAGAGUUGCUGGUCAGCAGAGGUGCACGCAUUAAUGCUACCAACAGAGGUGAUGAUACACCUUUGCAUCUUGCUUCGGCGCAUGGACAUAAGGAAAUAGUACAAUUGUUACUUAGAAAUCGUGCUGAUGUAAAUGUCAUAAAUGAACAUGGCAAUACUGCCUUGCACUAUGCUUGUUUUUGGGGAGAUCAAGCAAUCGCAGAGGAAUUGGUUGCAGCUGGGGCACUCGUGUCCAUUGCCAAUAAAGAUGGUGACACUCCUCUUGAUAAAGCUAGAGGUGUCAUAGCCAAGAGACUGCAUGAUUUAGCAGUGGAAUAUGGACAAGAUUUGAAGAAAAUUCAAUUCAAAGAUCAGAGCUGGUUAGGCUUGAAAACCAGAAGCCGAGACGCGACUCUUUCUCGACACAAAGGAAUCAGUAUGGCAGAUCUAUCUCUGCAUACGCAUCUCGCGAGCACACCCAGCGGCGACACUUGGCGAGGACGAUGGCAAAACAAUGAUAUUGUCGCCAAGAUAUUAAACUUUCGCGAGUGUACUGCGCGUAUCUGCAGGGAUUUCAAUGAGGAGUUUCCAAAGUUGAGAAUUUUUUCGCAUCCCAAUGUUCUGCCGGUUCUCGGUUGUGUGAAUCAGCCGCCGCAGUUAGCAACCGUUUCCCAAUAUAUGGCACGAGGUAGUUUGCAUCGUCUUUUACAUGGCGGAACGGGUGUUGUAGUGGACACAGCGCGCGCUCUUCGAUUAGCACUUGAUAUCGCCAGAGCUAUGGCAUUCCUUCAUGGUUUAGAUCGACACAAUAGAUGUAGAUUUCAUCUCAAUAGUAAACAUAUAAUGAUCGAUGAGGAUCUAACUGCUCGUGUAAACAUGGCAGACGCAAAGUUUUCCUUCCAAGAAGUCGGACGAAUUUACGAGCCGGCGUGGAUGUCGCCAGAAGCUUUAAGUAAGCGUCCUGCAGACAUCAAUCUUGAAGCAAGCGAUAUGUGGAGCUUUGCUGUUCUUUUAUGGGAAUUGGCAACUAGAGAAGUACCAUUCGCAGAUUUAUCACCUAUGGAAUGUGGCAUGAAGAUUGCAUUGGAAGAUUUACGAGUAAGCAUUCCACCAGGUAUUUCUCCACAUCUUGCAAAGCUCAUUCGCAUCUGUAUGAAUGAGGAUCCAGGCAAACGACCAUCCUUCGAUAUGGUUAUACCGAUUCUGGAUAAGAUGAAACGUUGAAUUGUAUGUCUGAUACUGCUCGAUGCAGUAAGACGAAUAUGAGAUAUAUAUACAUCGCCGGAAAAGAUUUUAAUCAAAAAGUGCCUAACGAAUCUCUAUAUUUAUUAAACUGCCUGAAGAAUUACCAUUAACAAUGAUAGAAUAUUUUUAUAUUAUUGUGUUCUAAAACAAAUGGAUGAAUACUGCCUUUAGAAAUUUAGACUCUAAAUGGACUAAUAUUUUUUUUAGCUAUUAUA